GGGACUCGAUCCAUCUCAUAUUUUGUCUUCCUCUUUUCCUGCUGCCUUCAACCUUUCCCAGCGUUACUGUUUUUCCCCCAUAGAUUUUUGCCAUCUCACGAAGUUCCCAAAGCCUCAGGUUCAUAAUGUACUCCUUUUACUACAGUAAUAUGAUAAGGUACCAGCGUUUUUUUUUGCAAUUGUGCCAGGGGGCAUGCUGUUUGUGUCCUUUGUCUUUGUAUUGGGUGGUAUUUUGUGCCAAAUGGAAUAAAGGCUGUCUUUGUUUUCACUUGACUUGUUUUUUAUCACCUCCGCCUUGCCUUCGUGGAGAGAAUGACCUUGAAAGUAAGAUUAAAAGCUUGAGUGAAUUAAAAGGCAGUACCUAAAAGUAACAGGUGGUAUUGGAAAAAUACCUCUGAACAGGAAAGCCCCAAAGGCACAUGCCAAAACUCAGAAGGCAUUGUUCUGGCUCCCCAUCAUUGUACAUUCCUGGAGUCGAUAAUGAAUGAAAGAACUCUUCCAUUCUUAGAUGUCUUGUGGAGCAAAUCAGGGGAAUGUCCUCCCAAUAUUUCAAGAUAAAUUCCCCCACCAUUUUUGGACCAUGGACUGCUAACAGCCACACAAUCAUUUUGAGACAUUUCUCCUAGAAGGAUGAACAGGAUAAUUAAUAACUGAGGAUGGUACACUUUUGAUGUCAUUCUACAGGUUCAUGGUAUCCAGAUGUGAGACUCCAUUUGCCCCAACAUUCCCAUCAUGCUUGUGGGAAACAAAUGUGAUCUCAGAGAUGACAAAGACACUGCUGAAAAAUUCAAGGAGAAGAAGCUGAAACCCAUUGCCUAUCCAUAAAGGCCAAAGAGAUCAAUAAAAUGUGUGACCAGAUCAGCGAUGCCAUUCUUGAUGCUCACAUUAAGGUUGAUCCAGACGCCAAGGUUGCCUGUGAAUGUGUGGCCAAAACUGGGAUGAUCUUACUAUGUGGUGAAAUUACUUCCAAAGCUGUUGUGGAUUACCAGAAGGUUGUGAGAGACACCAUCAAGAAGAUUGGUUAUGAUGACUCUUCCAAAGGGUUAGAUUACAAGACUUGCACUGUGUUGGUAGCCCUGGAACAACAGUGCCUUGAAAUCAAAGAGGCUGUUUCCUCUGGGGAAAAUGCUGAUGAGAUUGGAGCUGGAGACCAGGGCUUGAUGUUUGGCUAUGCCACCGAUGAAACCGAUGAGUGCAUGCCCUUAACUAUCCUUCUUGCACACAAACUUAAUGCAAAGAUUAAAUCUCUGGAGAGGAAUGGAACUUUGCCCUGGAUUAGACCAGAUGGGAAAACACAGGUGACCAUGGAAUACCAAGAGACUGGAGGAACACUGGAUCCCAUUCGGGUGCACACCUUAGUCAUUUCUGUCCAACAUGCUCCCACAGUGCCCUUGGAGCAAAUGCAGAAAGAGCUGAUGGAGAGGGUUGUGAAAGAAGUGAUUCCAGCCAAAUACUUGGAUGAGAACACAAUCUACCACCUUCUGCCAAGUAAAACAUUUCUAGAAGGUGGUCCUAAGAGCGAUGCUGGCCUGACUGGCAGAAAGAUCAUUGUGGACACCUAUGGAGGCUGGGGAGGCCAUGGUGGGGGAGCUUUUUCAGGGAAAGAUCCCUCAAAAGUGGAUCGCUCUGCAGCAUAUGCGGCUCGCUGGGUAGCAAAAUCCUUGGUGAAAGCAGGGCUCUGCCGAAGAGUUUUGGUCCAGCUGUCUUAUGCUAUUGGACUGAGUCAGCCGCUAGCCAUCUCAGUCUUCCAUUAUGGUACCUCAGACAGAUCAGAAGAUGAGCUGCUCGAGAUCAUUCAGAAGAACUUUGACCUUCGCCUUGGGCCUAUCAUAAGGGAUCUGAAUUUGAAAAGACCCAUUUAUCAACAGACAGCAUGCUAUGGACAUUUUGGAAGAGAAGAGUUUACAUGGGAACAACCUAAGAAGCUAAUUUAUUAGCACUGGGUUUUUUUGGCAAUUGGAUGCCAGUCGGAUCUAAAUAGCGGGAAGAGCAAAUUGGGAAGCUACUUCAAGUUGUUCAGUUUAAAAGCUCAGAAUACCUUAAAUGUUUGCAAGUUUUAAAGAGUCUUGGUGCUCAGCUCCGUUUUUGUUUUUAAAUGGUGACAACUUUAAAUU